CACUAUUGCGGAGGUGGCAACUCGAAGCCCAAGUGAGAUACAUAGGACCUCGAUUGCCUGCAUACUGACAGCCCUUCAUUUCCCUCCCACUUUGUAGACACCAUCUUUCCCUACCUCCACCCACGAUCGGAUCAACAUCAGAGUCAAUCAACAGUAUGCCACCCAAGAGAUCGCACGCCGAGAUGUCGGCUACAGGGAUUGAACCGCCUGCGCUGGAUUGUUGUCCACAGGGAGAGCAUUUGGUCGCUUUGUGAGUGGCUACGUUCUUGCUUGAAGUACACUCCACUGACCAUGUUUGACAGUGCACAACGAGACCAUGAAAUUAUCAAGAUAUGCCUGGGUUCCUGUGACGCCAGCCUUGGUUCCAUCUUUCUGCCCCGUGAGAAGCUAGAGUCCGUCUGUCGCAGUGGCCACCGCCCUGUCUACCGUCAGCGUGGACCUGAAACCGCGCCGAAACUGUUGUUGCUUUCCGAAUGGAACUGUCCCGAGGUACUUGGUCUGUUCGUACAAUGGCUCUACACUGGAAAAUACACCGAGUCGAAUGGCCCAGUCAAGAAGUUGGACAGCGCUACCAAGACUCCGCGCCUGGACAUGUGCAACUCUUACGAAAAAGGCACCAUGGAGUGGACAGUCAAGGCUGCGGUACUGGCUUGGUCCUUGGGUAAAGAGCUGAGAAUACCCACAUUGCAGAAUUAUGCUAUGAGACGCCUCUUCGCCGCUUUCUCACACCCUUCCAGAAGACCGCUACUCACACCAGCCUUGUAUAGAUGCGUUGAAAAACUGGACCGCUGCUGCUUUAUCGAAAGUCUGGCAUCAAGAAGGAAAUGGAAAGACCUGGGACCAAUGGAGCGGGCGCUAGACGUCACCAUCAUUCGAAAUUGGGGCGACACGGCUGUUGUUGAUCAAGAGGAGUUGGAUACGUGGUCCGCAUUACUCAAAUCAUGCAACCCAUUCCGGGACAAGUUCCUUGAAGGAUCUUUGCUUUCGCUUGAUCAACGUCGUGAGAAGGUCCUGAUGGCGGAAGAUUAUUUCGUCGAUGUGCCCAAGAGCAAGGUGGUACCAUCACUUACGGUAGUGCUAAAACAUUAACGACAUGGUCCACGUCUGGAAUGGAUAUCCCACCAAAAGCGAUUGAUACUAUUGAGGAUUUACCUAGCAUUUGAGCUUUUGAUUGGUUUCCAGGAGUCAGGAGUGCUCGUGGUGCUUGUUUUAGUUGAUCUAUCACUACAUACCUACCGCGACUAUUGCGCGAACUUCAGAGUGAUGCGGUAGUGACUCGUGGUAUGCGCACAGUUGGCAACGAUGAUGGUACAGCUCAUCAUGAAUGCACGAAGGUGGUGAUGGUGUCGUCGCUAGGCCGAACCGUCGAUCGCUCUCCCACCCUCGAACGCGCCAAGACCCCAACACAUGACCGCGCGCCAUCACCCUCAAUGUCGACACAAACCUCAUCUCUUU